GGCGGAAAUUCGGCGGACCGGACCUCUUGAAAAUUGUCUUUAGAUGUUUUCCAAGGCAUUCUUGUUCUUUUUGACCGUCCUGUCCACCCUCUUCAUCCUCACCUCUUCUCUCACGUUCCCUGAUGACGGACGCCUGAAGAAAUCCAAGAAGAAAGGCCGAUGCGCACCAGGUGCUGUGAUGGUGGUACAAAACGGCGGCACCCCCGGGAUCUGCAUGGAUCUUUGCUGUGUGCGUACGUGUGUUGUGAUCUCUGAUCUGCAGGUGCCGGGAAUCUGGGCAUCAACUAUGACGCGAUCAAGGAUGCCCGCCCCUACGCCAAAAGAGAGAAACAAGCUGGGGAGAUGAUCACCUUCCACCACGUCAUACCAAAGAGCCUUCUUGUCAAGGUCAACCUGUACCACGCCAUCGUUGCAUGAGCAUCGUGACCUCUUGUGUGCUGGUUUGCAGUGGUGGAAUAAGGCCGUGUGUCCGAAGGAGGGUCAGGAGGCGAUCCGCAAGUUCGUCGACGUGUUGGCAGAGCAUGCCCCCAACUACAGCGGAUUCGUGGAGAACCGAGCCACUCCGGCAGAUGUCCAGGAGUGGAAGGACUUCAUGAAGGACCCCAGCGACAACCUCGAGCUCAACGUCCGCGCAAAGGUGGCUUUUCUCAAUAAGGAAUGGAUGCCGGCGGAUCAUGUUUGUUUGCUUUCCUCUGCAGCUCCGUGUUGCAGUGACCUGGAUGCCCGGCAAUGUGGUUAAAGGCCCACCACCAGGCAGACGGACGGAAGAUCCUGGAUCUGACUUCGACUAUGUAACCUCUCACACCCAACCCUCGCCCCCUCCUUUGAGCAGUGAGAUCUUCCUCCAUAUUGUGUUGUGUGUGUAGGGUGUGUGUUGGUACCAGAGCUGCGUUCACGGCCAACCCCUCUGCCCCGCCGCCAUCGAAGCCAACCGGCUGAUGCGUCAAUACGUCGAGACGGGAGAUGUCUCCCUCCUUCCCCGCACAGUCGAGCUUUUCUCCCUUAUUGCAUCAAAGGAAGGCGACGGGUCAGUCAGACAGCAACAGACGACACACACACAAAGACACACACAAAGACACACACACAUACACACACACACACAUACACACACAUAUGGAGAGAGAGUGGCGUGUUGUGUGAUGUUUGAUGAUGGUGCAGUGCGCCGUUCUACAACCAGCUGUGGACCCACCGCGGCAAGAAGUGGACAGCAGGCAGCGAUGAGACCAUGAAGCCCCUCUACUCGGCCGACCCCGCGGCCUACUGCCGCAAGCUGCAGGCCAUGGAGGCCAACCAGACCACUACUGUCACUGUCAAGUUUGAGGGAGAAUACGACGAAUUCGAAGACGAAGAAAGCGACGGAGAAGAGGAAUGGGAAGAGGAAGAGGAGGAGGAAUGAGCUGAAUGGCGGCCGGCUACACACACACACCAUUGAGACACCAUUCAUAUUCACUGAUUCAUCUGAUUUCUUUCCGAUGGCAAAGCGUCCUGAGUGUGGGGAUCCUUGCGUGAAAGAUGAUACACCUGGACGGACGGAAUCUUUCGAAUGGAUUGUUUUGGAUGGGAAGCGAUCUAAUGAGACGUCCCACAGUUUGAAUCGUCAAAAGGGUC